GCUGCUCUUUGCGGGGAUGGCUCUGUUGUCACAUGGGGAGAUGCCACCUAUGGUGGCGACAGCCACGGCGUGCAGGAUCAGUUGCGACAUGUACAUCGCAUCAAAGCUGCUGAAAAGGCCUUCGCAGCGAUCUUGGCCGACGGCUCUGUGGUGACUUGGGGACAUGCUCGAUCCGGUGGGGACAGCAGUUCGGUACAGGAACGACUGAAGAAUGUGGAGCAGAUCUCGGGUUGCUACAAUGCGUUUGCUGCUAUCCUUGGCGAUGGAUCCAUUGUUACCUGGGGGGAUCCUAUCCACGGUGGUCUCGAAAGUAUUGUCCGACUCAAGAGUGAGCUGCGGUCUAUGCGGUUCGCCCAUGCAGUCUAG